AGAUCGGGUUGGGAUUGCAAAAGAUUGGCUCGGGUGAGGGCAGAGUGGGGGGAGGGCAGAGUGGGAAAAGACGGGAUUGGGAGGAAGCCGAAUCAGAAUGAGAAGGGAGUACGUGGGGGACGGAAUGGGAUCGAGACGGGUCGGUUGGAGAUGGAUUGGGGACAGAACAGGAGCGGGUGGGAGCGGAGUGGGAACGGAGUGGAGACGCAGAACGGGGAUCACGGACAGACAGAAAUGGGGUGGAAUUGAGGCGGGAGCGGGAGCAACAUUGGAAAGGUCUGGAUCCGACGAGGAUUGGGAUGGGAAUGGAAACGGUACUGGAUGGAGGUUGGCUCGAGGUCGGGAGGAUGGAACAACCUGGGGACGGAGUCGAGCACGGGAUAAGAACGAGGUGGGAUCGAGAUCGGAUGGGUCUUACUGGGAAUGGGGGUGGGAUAGGGUACCGAGAGGAGGGGAUAUGGAAUUAGAUGGAACGGGUACAAGAUCUGGACGGGGCCGGAGAGGGACAGGGAAAGGAAUGAGAACGGAUGGGGAUGGAGCGGACUUAGGAUGCGAUCAGAAUCUGGGUGGGGUGGAUCGGGAUAGGAACAAGGUCGGGGUGGAGCAGGAUUGGGGUGGAGCGGGAUUGGACAGAUCCGAAUAGGUGUGGAGCUGGGAGCGGAACCACAAGGGUCAGCGGUCUGAACUGGGAAGGGACAGGCUCGAGGUUGGAGCGGGAUCUAGACAGAA